AUUCUAUAAAUAAUAUAAUAUAUUAUUAUACUAGUUCGCAUAUAAUAAUUUAUAUUUUAUAAAAAAUUAUGAUAUAGUUUUUUUUUCUUCAAACGGCUGUUUUAUUAUUCAAGCGUAAAAUGGUAUAGCAAACCAGAUCAGAACAGAACAACAAAUGUAGUACAAGUUCCUAUGGAAGGAUUUUGCUAUCUUAGAUAAGAAAUCAAAUGAUACAUUUUCUGAACGAAGAACAAAAACAAUCGAAAACUCUAUGUAUCUGAUUUUCAGCUUCAUAAACUCCUUCAGCUCAGUACAGAAGUUCGGCCAUGCUUAGGGGUCUCUGAUCAUCGAAAUUAUAUAUUUUUGAUAGUUAAAACGGUAACAACCAAAAUUUUUGGAGGGUUUUACAUAGACUCGCUAAAGGCUAAAACGUUUUUUAGGAUACUUGCACAACUUAUUCAGCGUUUGCGUUUGGAAUGAAAUAAAAACUGGGCCAGGCCCAUGUAUAGACAGCGUCAUCAGUUAACAAUAAUAACAUUUCUCCCCUCAGCCCAAUUGACAUAACCGGCUCAAGCUGAAUCGAAACCUCAAACCGGAAAGCGAUAAUGGUUUCCGACGGUAGCGAGCGCUUGAAGCUCAACGUCGGCGGCGAAAUCUUCGAAACCACCUCAUCCACCAUUCAAUCAACCUGCCCAGACUCUCUCCUCGCUGCUCUCUCCACCCCAACCUCCCACGGAUCGAAUCCCGUCUUCAUCGAUCGCGACCCUGAGAUUUUCUCCGCCAUCCUCAACCUCCUCCGAACCGGACGCCUCCCAGCUAACUCCUCCUCAGGCGUCUUCUCCAAACAAGAGCUGCUCGAUGAAGCUCUUUACUACGGCGUCGAGUCACUCCUCCGGUCGGCGAUGCUGCCUCCGCCGCUCCAAGGUUUCGACGCUUCGCUAAUCUCCACCAUCGCGCCGGCGACCGACGGAGUCCCCUCCGCUUUCACCGCAACCGCCGGAGACGCUUCUUUAUGGGUCGCUCACGGCGGACAGAUCUCCGUCUACGAUUGGAGUCUCUCCCACGCCGUAACCGUACGCACGCAUCUCAGUGACGUCACGUCGAUCUGCCGCGUGUGGGACGAGGCGGCGGCGAUCGGAUCCGGAUCCGCGUCGGGGCUUCACUUCUACGAUCUCUCUAGCGGCCGUUACGUCGGUUCCACGCACUGGACGGAUCCGGAAGAUCCGAGGAUCCACAAGGCGCGAGUCGCCGCCGUCGCGGAUUCUCCCGGCGGAGUCUUCGCAUCGUUUGAUUGCUUGCAUAGAGAGAACAGCGUUCUACAGAUCGAUAAGUCCACUCUCCAAGUCGCCGCCGUCAUCGGCCAGCAAUCCGGAAGCUCAGCUAAAACCUCCGUACCGGAGAAGCUCCGGUGGGUGGCGAAUAACGGUCUUUUAGUCGGAUCCGCGGUCCAACGAGGAGUGUUCGGAUGCUCCGGGUACAUCCGGAUCUGGGAUCCACGAUCAAAGAACAUUGUGUGGGAGACGAGCGAGCCAGGUUCGGGACGAAGCAGCAGGUUCGGAGACGCGUUAGCUGACGUGGACGUGGACGUUGAAGAGUCAACUCUCUUCAAGGUGUGUUCAAAGUCAGGUGAUCUCGGAAUGGCAGAUCUUCGUAAAUUAGGUGAAGAUCCGUGGGUAUAUGUGUCAGAUGAUAAUCCUGGCGCGUGGAGUGCAGACGACGGAGAGAGAAGCGGAGGUUACAGCGUUGUGCAUUGUUAUAGAAAGCAAGUGUUGGCAGCGAGAGGUGGAGCGUUGGAGGUGUGGUCGAGUGUUGAGGGGAAGACGAGUGGUGGUCUGAUUCGUAGAAGGAACUUUGUAGACAAGGAAGAAGACUCCAAGAGAGGGAUGGUUUCUAAAAUUGAGGCAGGAGGUGAUAGGCUGUUUGUUUCUAGGGAGUAUAUGGAAGGUGUUGAGGUCUGGGAGAGUUCUAACUCCUCAAGUAUGAUAGAACUGUGAUCAAGCGGCUCUGUAGUGUCAUAUUCUCAGGAAAAUGUUUUGUUUCCUGGGAGAACAGUUGAACAUAUUGUAAUGAAGAACAGGAAGAUUCAAACUUCACUGUUGUCACAUUCACCAGCAAUCUCUUCUGUUGUAAAUGGAUUCAUAGAGUUUUUCUCAUUGUAAGGUUAUGGUUGUAGUUGAUAA